AUGACUUCAACCACAGUUCAAGAAACACAAGCUCUCUCUCCCACAACUACAAUAACUUCUUCCGCUUCUGAAAAUAAUUCACCAGUAACAAAAUUUAGACAAAUAGCUCCAGCUCCAACGGAAAAACCUGAAUAUGACGUUUAUCAUAUUCCAAAAGGUUAUGAAGUUUUAUUAGUACCAAAGAAUAAUAAUAACUCUGAUGGUUCAAAUAAUUCGAAUUUAGCGGAUAAUCCUGUUCCACUUUCUCCAACUUGUUCCUCUUCCGCUUCUUCAACUUGCUGUUCUUCCCCUAAAUUUAACAUUCCAAAGUUAACUUUAGAUAAUAAAAGUUCGGCUCCAAGUUCAUGGAGAAGGAGAAAAAAUAAUGGACAUAUCCCACGUCCUAAAAAUUGCUUUAUGGCAUAUCGUGAACAAAUGCAACAUAACAUUUUAGCUGAAAAUCCCGGAAUGAAUAAUAAGGUGGUUUCAGUUAUCGCUGCUAAAAUGUGGAACAGUGAACCCGAAGAUGUUAAACAAUACUGGAGAGAACACGCUCAACAAUUGAAAAUCGAACAUAUGAACAAAUACCCUAAUUAUAAAUUUUCCCCUAAAAAGAAGGCACAAAAAAACUUGAAUGCUUUAAACGCUUCUAUCGGUUUAAAAGCUCCUAAAAAUAUUCAAAAGAAAUAUCAAUCUCAAACUCAAAUCCUUUCAGAGGAACUUUCAAGAAGGAAUGUUGAAAAUUAUUUAAUUGAAAAUUCUCAUAAUGAAAGUCCUUCAGCCUUUUGGAACGGUCAUUACAGAUCGAGUUCUGUUGAAUCUGCCGGUAGUUGGACUAGCAAUGAUUCCAUUCCAAAUACUCCUCCUACUUUUUGCGAUCGUUCUUCUCUUCGUUUUGAGUCAAAUGAUUGGAAUAGAAUGUAUGAUGGUUUCUCUACUAUGAAUAUUGAUCCUUCAAAUUCACAUUUAAAUGCCGUUUCAAGUGCUGCUACUGGAUUCUUUGAAACUUUGUUGCCUUCUGAUUUUAAUAACUCGAUGCAGGUCGAUAGUUCAGAAAGUUCUUAUUAUAUUACCGAAGAAGAAGAUGAUUAUGAAGACUUUCUCCAACAUGAUAACAGUCAUCUUUUGAAUACUUUUGUUUUGUCCUCUCAACCUUCUGCUCCUUUGCAUCAGCUCUAUUGA